ACUUUGUGGUUUGCGUUCGAGUUCAGUCGCGCUUGGGUCUCCCUGAGUUCACCAUUUCUUUUAGCCAGGGACGAGUAACGGACGUCGAAUCGGAUCGGGUCGCGUCGCGUCUCCCCGAGAUACCCAGAGUCAAUUCGAGUCGAGCCAAGUCAAGGAAAGGAAAAGGAUUGCCGAAGGAGACGGUGGCGGCCAGAAACAAGUGAAAACUAUUUUCGAGUUCCUAACGCGGGAUAAAAACAGUGGUACCUAACAUAACAGUGGAGAUCUAGAGUCUUAUCACGUUCCGGACAAGGUCACGUGGUCUCGGCGAUUUUCCUACCUUCGCCUCUCUAUUCGUCUUUCGGAUCGAGCUCUCUCACCUGUUUGGCACCGCAUAUCCUUCGCUCGAAAACAAGGAGAUUCGAAUCCCGCGAAGCGUAAUCCUCGUCGUCUUCGUCCUGGUCAACCUAUCGUCGUGAUAAUCGUUAUAAUCGCGAUGGCAGGUGCGGGGGAAGUUUGGGUCCAGUGGUUCACGUGUUGCCUCACGCAGCAGGGACCGGGGGCCCGGAGCAAGAGACAAAGGCCCCACCAGCAGCAGAGGCUAAGGAUAGACCGAAGCAUGAUCGGGGCACCGACGAACUUUCAACACACCGGGCACAUCGGCAGCGGUGAUCUCGAUAUGGCGAACGCUCAUUUGUCCGCCAUUCAGACGCAGAUGCAGGGCAAGGGAGGCUACGAGGCCUCCUUUGGCGUUAAGGCUUGCUGAGACACGGUCGCCCCGAGGGCAUUGGAGACCGACUUGUGAUGAUCGUCCCUAGGGAUAUUUUGAACGUGUUGAAGAUAUUUAAAAUAUGGUGACGAGAGGGAGAGAGAGAGAGAGAGAGAGAGAGAAAAGUGCCGUUGUACAUAUAAGCUGCUAUCGCUGCACAACCGCUGUUGAAAAAAAAUCGUUUGUGACGAAAGUCCGUUUACUAAUUUCGGACUGACAACUGGGUCUUAUGACGUUGAGCGUUGCAAACGUUUGGUCAAUCGGAGGUGUUCUUUUUUUUCUUUCUCGUUCUUGUUUUGAUUUUUAUUUUCCUAAAUAAAUAAAUAAAGUUAUAUAUAUAUAUGUAUAUGCGCGGUCGCGAGUGAAUGUAAAAGAGAGGAAAAAAAAAAAAAGAAAAGUUGAUACAAAAACGCGACUGUCCAUUAUUACCAAGCGAAAGUGAAAAUGAAUUCCUCCUUGUUGUACAUAUAUCUGCAUUGUAUAAUUAAAAGUAGUGGAAAAAUGAAAUGAAGCGGAGAGAAACGACGCAGAGAACAAUCCUCCCGAGAAACUAUUUCGUAAUAAAAAUAUUUAAUAGAUAAUAAUGUAAGAGACAAUUGAGCAAGGAUGUAAUAUUUUUACCCCUGUGCAGUUGAAAUGUGAAAAAUGUUAAUUAAACUUAACAGAACGGGACAAUGAAUAACGAACGAUAUGAAAUGAAAUCAAUCGAAAUGCCGAUGGAGGAAUCGAACCGGCUUGUAGUAUUUUUUAUUAUUAUAAAAUAAUCGUUAGUACGUAAUAAGUAUUAUAAUAGCGCGAAUGGAUACUAUAUUGAUUUUAUGCUGUAUGAUGUACCUACACAAGAAUGAAUUAUUGAAAGAUUAGACUAAGAGAAAGAAAUUGAUCACUUCCUACGAGUUUGAAUUCUGAGGUGAAUAUAUGAGGAAACAUGUAAUGCAUUUUUGUAGCAUAACGAUGUAUAACGCGUUUAUCAGAGUAGAUAUGUAAAAAUCUCUUGUAAAAUUUUUCAAGUUCAGAAAGAAACCGAAAACAUGUAUGGUUGCAUAUUUGAGUGAAAACUGACUGAUGUGCAACAUUUUGCAUUCGAAGUAUAUUUAGUAUGUGUCUUAUAUUUUUUUUUCGUGUCUGUUUCUUAAGGAUGAGAAAAAUAAAAACUGAGUAAAGGAACAAAUGAAUAGAAAUUUGCAACACCCCGUCGGUUUCAUCCGCGAGUUUUGAGUUUCGAUUUUUCAAUGCCUUCCAACUGACUAAUGUGUUUUUAAUUGAUUAUCAUCGUUCAAUCGCAUGCGAUGCUACACGUAUGUACAUACAUACAUGGCGCAUUGACUAUUCAACAAUAUUAACUAAACGUGAUUUUGUAUUUUGUGAGUACUUCAAGACAUCAGGUUCAAGGAAGUGGGAAAAUAAUCUUGAUCAAGGUUUUCCUUCUUACUUCCUUGAAAAUAAAUUUUUUCCCUUCAUUUUGCUGCCGUUCAUUUAAAUCAGAGUAAUCUGGGCAAACCAUAGUUGAAUGGACAAUAUGACGGAUAGAAUUAAUACCGAAUACCGAAGGUAGACGAAAUUUACGUUUUCAAUUUUUGUUCAAUAUCUAGUUUCGAAUGAAAUUGAACUUUAAUUAGAUAAUAGCCAGGUUAGUCUUCCGGAUAAGUUGACGUUAACACCGCGUAACAGUUUAUACUGCCGGAUUAUUUAACUUUCUGCCAAAAGUUGAAUAAUCUUUUCCAAUUAUUGCCAGACUUCGUUAUGGUGCUAUGCAUUGAUCAUAAAAGUUCCAUAUUUUAGUCUUAUUGAAUUUAUCGCCCGAGGCUAACUUCUCUCUUAUAUAUUCCGAAAGUUUUAUCGAAUAUUUAUCAAUAACUAAGUAUAAUGCAAAAACACUUGUCUCCUUAUUGGUUUCAUACAGAAUUUAUAAAUUUAGAUAUCGUUUUUAAAGAUUAUGAUUAUUUAUUUUAUUUUUAUUUCAAAAGGAUCGUAGAAAUAAUUUUCAGUUUAAGUUCUCUUCCAAGUCAUUAGAGUGACGUCCCCCGACAGUUUGAAAUCAACCAUUACCAGUUUUAGACAAUGUUAGGAUAUUAAAUGAAACGGGAAUUCCCUUCUUUCGCCACAUACAUAUUUUUGCAUCGCGCGUAUAUUGCACAUUUGCAAAUUUGUAGUACGGUAGCUUGAACAUACCUAAUUCCGCAAUUCAAAUUUGUCGCUCGACUAAAAUUGUAAAGAACUAUGACAUAAUUCGUGCUUCUCUGGUUUUUAUGACAAAUAAUACAGUAUCUAUGUCACAAUGUCGAAAUACUUGAUACAUUAUUAGCUAUUAAAUUUGUAGGAAUGAUGAAAGUAAA